AUGGAGUGUGCAUUACGUGUGGUGAUUAUUUUGGUGAUAUGCGGUUCAAUAUCAUCAGCUAAGAGCCUGUUAGGUGAUGUGCAGUAUCAAGAAAACCAAUUCGGUGGGAUUCCUUCGAAGAUUUUGGAAGCAAUGAAACGUUACCUGAUACGAAACACGAAUUCUGAUCACAAUUUACAUCCUUAUUGGAUCGAUCGAUUUAUUACGACUGCACGUUCGUCGCGUUUGGGGAGUGUACAUUUGCGCGGCGAGGACGAGGAUCGAGCUUAUUUAACGGUGCAACACGAAAACAGGGACUUGACAGGAAGAAAAUCUUUACAAGACGACAGAAUUACAAACGAAGAAGGCCGCAAGAUGAAACUCAAGAGGACCUUCAUCAAAAUGAUUCUGUGGCUGAAGAUGGUAACACUGGGACUGGUUCUUCCGGCGGUGGUCGCUCUGUCGAUGGUGCAGUCCUGGAAAGCUGUGACGAUCAGUCUGCUGGCCCUGGGGCUGGCGGCAAUCCUGGGGAUCAAGAACAUUGUUAAAGCUAUCAGCGGUGGGGACAGUCAUUAUGCACAGCCUCCUCAGAUUGUGCAUUCUACGUGGCCAACCCAUCAUCACAAUUUCGAUAGAACGUUCAAAAUGGAACCAGAGUCUCCAAUCAUAGUUGCACAUGCCGACCAUCAAGAUGUGUCGACCAAUCAACUGGCCUACCGAAGACAUCAGUCUGCAUAA